AUGAGGGCUCAGCUGCUUAUCUUACUAUCGACCUUCAUUUUUGUUCACAGUAACGAGGAUGCGAAACGUUUAUACGAUGAUCUCAUGGUUAAUUACAAUCGACACAGAAGGCCAGCCAGUGGACCACACGAACCGUUGACAAUAAAAUUAAAAUUACGGCUAAGUCAAAUCAUAGAUGUGCAUGAAAUCGAUCAGAUCAUGACAUGUUCGGUAUGGCUGAAACAGGUGUGGAUCGAUAAAAAAUUGUCCUGGGAUCCGAAAAGUUAUGGUGGUGUUAGCGUGCUCUAUGUGCCUUAUGAAAUGAUUUGGGUCCCGGAUAUUGUACUCUACAAUAACGCUGACAGCAACUAUAACAUUACCAUAUCAACGAAAGCCACAUUGCAUUAUUCCGGAGAGGUCACAUGGGAGCCUCCGGCUAUCUUUAAAAGCAUGUGUCAGAUUGAUGUUAGGUGGUUCCCUUUUGACGAGCAGCAAUGUCACCUCAAGUUCGGCUCCUGGACAUACUCUGAGAAUUUGCUCAAUUUGGAAUUACUUGAAAAUAAUGUACGCUACGUAGAGGAAGUGAAUGAUCUUGGGAUUGUCGACAAUAUCACUAUAGCAGAUGAAGGAAUAGAUCUUUCCGACUAUUAUCCCUCAGUAGAAUGGGAUAUAAUGUCACGAGUUGCACGUCGACGAUCCAAGAAUUAUCCGAGUUGCUGUCCUCAGAGCGCAUACAUCGAUAUAAUGUAUUAUCUGGAACUUCGUCGUAAACCACUUUUCUAUACGGUAAAUCUAGUAUUUCCAUGUGUUGGGAUUUCAUUUCUGACUAUUUUGGUAUUCUACCUACCGUCGGAUUCCGGCGAGAAAGUUACAUUGUGUAUUUCUAUUCUUGUCGCCUUAACUAUCUUCUUCCUCCUAUUGACCGAAAUUAUUCCAGCUACUUCAAUUACACUACCAUUAAUAGGGAAAUACUUGUUAUUCACUAUGGUAAUGGUAACCUUAAGCGUAGUAGUUACUGUCAUAUCACUAAAUUUACAUUUUCGAACUCCUACCACACAUUUGAUGCCGAAAUGGGUAAAACUUGUUUUCGUCCAAUGGUUACCGAAAAUACUUUUCAUGAGAAGACCAUUGGAGGAUGGUGAUGAGUCGUUCAGAAGAGUCAGUUCCAGAAAGACAGUAGGACCUACCACCUUAGACGGUAAAAUCCCUUUAAACUAUCAUGAACAUCGUGUGAGUCGCGAUAUGGGAAGAAGUCUUGCAAAUGCGGCCGUGGAUGAUAGAAUACAGAAACUUUACUAUUCUCCACAGGUUGUGAAAGCGUUUGAGAACAUCUGUUUCAUCGCUGAAUUGCUGAAGAAAAAGGAUCGCGAUGAUAAAAUCGAUGAAGAUUGGAAAUACGUUGCAAUGGUUCUCGACCGACUAUUUCUACUGAUUUUUUCUCUUGCUUGUUUUAUUGGAACUGUACUUAUUCUACUACAAGCACCUACUCUCUAUGAUGACAGGAAACCAAUUGAUCUACAAUAUCGACCCGCUAAUUUGACUGCCCUUGUAUGA